CCUAUUUUAUAAUGAGAGGGUAUUUCCCCAAAACUUACCCCAUUUACUUCUCUUCAAUCUUCAUCCAUUUUCUGCAUCAAUUAACAACCAGCAAUGGCUUAUAAUUAUCAGCAAGUGAGGCCAGCCUUCAUCGGAGGAGGAGACGAGACUGAAUACUACUCUCUCAGUUACAUAUGGUCGUCAAAAGACAAGCUGGGCCAAGGAGCCACUGGACAAGUAUUCGCUGGCUACAGUAAAAGGUCUGGUGACAAGGUUGCCAUCAAGAUGUUCACAAGCCCAAGCGAGUACAAGGCGAUGCAAAGCGAAAUGCAAACAAUAAAGGCACUCAAGACUCACCCAAAUAUUGUUUCAUUCUUUGAACUGAAUGAAAUUGAGAAAAAGCAUCAAUAUCACAUUAUUGCAAUGGAACUUUGCAAUGGAGGGAGUCUGUAUGAAGUUAUCGAUUCUCCUCAAAAUGCAUACGGACUUGACGAAUAUCAAUUUAAGAGUGUCAUUUUUGACGUUGCUAGUGGUAUGAGACACUUGAGAGAUCAUGGGUUUGUUCAUCGAGACAUUAAACCAGGGAAUAUAAUGAGAUGCAUCAAUCCUGAUGGAAGUUUUGUAUUCAAAUUGGCUGAUUUUGGUACAGCAAGACAACUUGAUCCUAAUGAACAUUUCACCUCACUACACGGGACGGAGGAGUAUCUGUACCCAGCUAUGUACGAACGUGCUCUGAUUAACUAUCGCUCUAAAGAAGAAUUCUUGGACAAAGUGGACCUAUGGAGUUUGGGUGCCACUUUCUUUCACCUUGCCACCGGUCGCUUGCCUUUUCGCCCGUACAGGAAGAGGCAGGACAGAGGAACAAUGUUUAAGAUUAUAAAUGAGAAAAAGACUGGGAUUAUUCUUGGGUGGCAGCAAGAAUAUAAUGCACCUAUAUACUACAGUGAUAGACUCCCACCAGAUAUAGUCAUCUCCCAAGGUCUGAGGGAUAUCAUAACUCCUAUUCUUGCUGGAGUGUUGGACACUUUUGAUAGCAUGUGGGCUUUUGAUAGAUUUUUUAAAGCUAUCGAUGGAAUAAAGAAACAAAAUGUUGUUCAUAUUUUCUGCGUGAGUCGUUGUACGUGUCACAUGAUUUAUGUAGACGAUGCAGGAGAAGCUGACAUUAUUCCAAAGUUUAAGGAGUUGAUAGCAAGACAGACUUCCUUAGACCCGAAGCACAUGGAAAUGUAUCUGGAAAAUAUUUUAUUUGGAACGGAACCAGUCAGAGCAAGAGACCUUCCACUGACAACACCUGAUUCUCCAUUGACUGUGUUUGGCGGUCCUCCUCAAAAACCUGACAAACUAGCUACACCUGUUGUCACCCAACCUCCUAAUAUGCCACCUGAAACAACUAUGGUUGACGAUCUACGAUACGCCAAAGAUUGCACAAAGGCAAUAUGGGUAAUGUACAGAGCAGCAGAGACAAUGGACAGAUACUUUAGACUAAUGAACCAAGGGGCUUUGUGUCUGAGGGAAACUCUGGACAAGGACUAUCGUGCCUGGUGUAGGAAAUAUGAAGAAGUACAAGUUCGUUUUAACUCGCUAAUUGACAUCAGUAACUCUCAGAUAGUCGGUCUUCAGUCUGAUGUUGAAUUCCUUCAAGCUAUCAACCCACUUUGUAACAAUGCAUUUGAUCAUGAUAUUGCUGAUCUUCAAAGACAACUUGAAGACAAGAAUAAACAUCUUGUGGAUGUUAGAGAUCAAAGCUUUGCUCUUCAUGAACAGACAAAGGAUUUCCACUCAACAGUUAAUUCAAUAACCAGCUCAAGCAUUUGGGACACUAACUAUCUUGCCAAAGUUUUUAAUGAAAGUACCAAGACUAUGAUGUCAUAUGUUGAUAAAGUUGAAGAAAUUUUUAAUGCUUUUCAAGAACAGAAGAAGCAAAGAGGCGCUAUUCAUGGUGACUAUGAUAGAAGGUCACAUGAAUAUAACAAGAGAACCAUUAAGGAAAGGUUGGGAAUGGCUGACAAGAAAUUAUCAGAAAUGAUAGCAGGAAGAAAUCAUGUUUAUGGCAACUUAUAUCAUUUCCUAGAGAAAUGUACUCCUGUUCGUGAAGAUUUACGUAAUUUAAUGGCGUCCCUUGACCAUAGUGCUCAAUGCACCAAAGAGGAUACAAUAAGACUGCAGAAAUGGUUGCCUCAUCAUCAGCAAAGAAUGCAGAACUUGCUAGGGAAGUUACCUAACAGCUUGUCAGGAGGAGGAGGAGGAGGAGGAGGGAUGGGGACUUUACAGCUUAACAGUUUGCGCAGUUUGCUCCAAAGAGCUCGUGAAUCAACUGGGGACCUCCUUAAACUAGCUGACAAGCAAAAAACAUUGAUCCAUCCUCCUUCUGAUAAAAAAGAAAAAUCAUAAAACUUUUAUUAACAGUUAUUUUUUUGUCAAAAAAAAUAAUGAUAAUGAUUAUUUUACCCUUAUUGUGGGGUGUGGUUUUGUA